CCGCUGCUGCGGCGGCGCGCAGAAUGAAACAGUCCGUCUGUUUAUGUUUAUCUGUUUGUGUUGUGUGAACAAUUUUUAAUAUCUCCAUGACCAGCAGUCUAUCUCAGACCGUCAGGUCGUUCGAGAUGUCCCUGAGCAAACCCUGAGAGGCAAUGUUUCUUCUCAGACGAGGGACCUGCAGCAGUGUUGAUCCUGGGUAGCUAAGAAGCUAACCUAGCUAGCUAACGGUUUUGUUUUGGAAAGUGGGCUGAUCGGGAGUAACAGAAGACGGAUAUUAAGCAAAGCCUAGUCUGAAAUUCGGCGUCACUAGGGUGGGCAGACUUUGAGACUGAAAACGAAGGAGUUUGAUAUGGAUCUGAAGCGUCAGUGGAGCUGAGAUGAACACGGGACGUAAGCGCAGGCUGGCGGCUGCCAGAGGAGCCGUUUCUCGGUUCAAGUGCAGCAAGAAUGAAGAGACCGAGUGCAGACCUGGAGGGUCCACCCACAGCCCCUCUCCUGACUGUGAGCCCGGCUCCUCUCCAGCUGAAGAAGUACUAAAACAUCCAAAUAAUGAAAACUCGCCGCCAUCGAAACGAGCAGCAAAGAGCAAAGCCUGCAGCCAAGCUCUCUAUCCAGCUGCCGAGACCGAGGGUCUGGUGCCGAAUGUAAAGUGUGGCCUGUACUCAGAAGAUGAAACUGAGAAGACCCUGGUCAUCACAGUCGACAAUGAGCAAAGCGGCGCACGACAAAGUGGGAGAAGAAAGGGAGGCCUAAAGAGGAAACAAGACAUGAGUGGGACCUCUACCGAAGCAGGUUCCCAGCAAGAGGAAGAGGAGAACGAAGAUGAAAUCCAACCAGAGGUUGAGAUUGAUCAAGAGCUCGACAGGGAGCUUGAGAACAAAUCACGGCAGCAUAACCUGACCUCAGCCAACGUGCGCAGCAUUAUACAUGAGGUGAUUACCAAUGAACAUGUUGUGGCCAUGAUGAAAGCUGCCAUCAAUGACACUGAACCUGUUCCACUGUUUGAGCCCAAGAUGACUCGCUCUAAACUGAAAGAGGUUGUGGAGAAAGGAGUGGUCAUUCCCACUUGGAACAUUUCACCAAUUAAGAAGCCCAACAAAGUGACGGGUCCCCAGUUUGUGGACAUUCCUUUAGAAGAGGAAGACUCAUCUGAUGAGGAAUAUUGCCCUGAUGAAGAAGAAGAUGACGAGACAGCAGAAGAGACGCUACUGGAAAGUGAUUUAGAGAGCACAGCAUCGUCACCACGGGGCACUCGACUAAGCAUCAGCAGAUCCUUCAGUGAAUACGAUGGAGAAAACAGCCCCAGACAGAGCUUACGCAGGGCGCGACAUCUGAGGGUAGAGGUGGUGCCCAUGGGCCCCCCACCACCUCCUCAGGGUCCAGAACCUUCAGGGCCAUCAAGAGAGUGCAGCUUCAUGGAGAAACUUCAUGCUGUGGAUGAGGAGCUGGCCAUCGGCUCUGACUGUAUGGACACAUACCAGUCUCUCAGCAGUAGUGGAGAAGACAGUCUGAUGGCUUUUCGCACUCGUUCCAAACGUCCACUGAGAGAUGUGCCGCUGGGUCGUCUGGAGGCGGAACUUCGAGCUCCUGACAUCACACCGGACAUGUAUGAGCAAGGCUCGGCCCCGGAGGACGUAGAGUGGACACGGUGGCUUCAGGGCCUCAUGAGCUCUGAUGUGGAGAAUGAAGAGGAGGGUGAUGAUGAAGAUGAUCCGGAGUAUAAUUUUCUGGCUGACAUUGAUGAGCCGGAUGUAGAGGACUACAGGAAUGACAAGGCAGUGCGCAUCACCAAAAAGGAAGUGAAUGAGUUGAUGGAGGAGCUCUUUGAUGCAUUUCAAGAUGAAUUAGGGGGUCAGGAUGAAGAAGGCCAUGAAGAAGAAGAGGAAAAAGAAGACGACGAGGCUACCCAGCAAGAACCUCCCAGUAUUCUGGAAACAAUACAGUAUGAAGAUCCUUUAGCAGACAUCCUGAAACAGCGAUACCGAACAGUAAAAGAGCAGCUGGCAGCUAUUCGCAAGAGGAAGGCUCUGCUGGAGAGUAAAGGCAUACCCAUACCUGCUCCAAGACCUAAACGCCCCAAAAGCCCCACAAGUCUAAGUGGUCCCUGUGGCCCCAGUGUCCCCAGCGGCCCCUUGCAUCUCACCCAUGCCCAGAAACUCCACCUCCAGCAGAACAUCCAGCAGCAUGUGCAGUUACUGACACAGGUGAACAUGCUGAGCAGGUUGGCAAAGGGCCUACAGUCUGAGGCUUGUACUGUUAGGCAGUUUCUGAUAGAGCUGCAGUUGUUUGCUCAGCGGGCAGAACAGGCGCAGAGUGUAACAGAGCCUGGUUUUGUUAGUGUCUUCAGAGCCUGUAACCUACAGGCUGCGCUCGACUUGCUUGAAGAGUUAGACCGCUCUCCCAAAAUUGACACUCUGGGCCAGGGUCCACUGUUCUCAGGGUCCCAGAUUCCAGCUCAUUUGGCAUGGUUGAUGGCCACACGUCCAGUUUUCCUCUAUCCUGAGCUGCUUUCGGAGGCUAACCUGUCUACUUUUCAUUACAAGGGUCCCUUCACCUCAGCAGAGAACUGUUUGAUAGUUUUGGGCCAUAAACACUUUCAGGGAACUCUGCACCCGCUCCAGCUGGCAUGUCACUACCUGCUUGUUGCUAGGAACUUCGUCUGUUUGAGAGCCCACAUCCGUAGUGCAUGUCAGAAACAAAGCCCCAGCAUCAUAAAGAAUUACUUUCUAGAAGGUAAAUAUCCCUUUAUGCCUGUGGCCUGUGAAGUAGUCACUCCUGGUGACCUGCGACCCCCUUUAGAAAGAGAGAAACGCCUCAUGCCUUACUGGCUUUCGGAAAACCUUAAACUGAUUUAUGAAGAAGUGAAGAAAUACAACCAGCCACUUGCCACUUCUCAGUCUGCCAAGCAUAAAGACCUGCAUACCACUGUACCUCCUGCUACCCCUUCUGCCACCCCAGAACCUGCUUCUUCAUCCUGUACUUUCCCCCCAGGUACCCAAUACCCUCCCUGGCUGCCAGAGACCCUUGCAAUGGCUCUUAUGCCUCCUCCUCCUGGUUCCUUGAGACGAAAAGCCUCUGUUAAGCUUUCUGCACAAGCUUUGAAUCAAUCCUCUGAACCUUCCAAAGCUCCUCUACUUUCAAAAGAUGUAGUGGAAGCCCUCGGUCGGCUCCCACCCAUUUUGCCAAAGUCUGCUAACCUUUCUCUUAAAAAGUCUGUUCACCCUGACCAACUUGGAGGUCAGACUGUUCAGUUUAAUUCAUUGAGGAAGAGGCCAAACAUGAAGCUUCCUUCUUCUGGAACUGUAAAUGUUGAAAGUACUGGAGAAACCCAGAUGGUAACCUCUAAGUUUAAAGAUCCUGCAGAUCUAAACCAAGGAAAACUUGUCAUAACUUUAACUGCUGCGCCAGUGGAGCCACCUUCUCAAGGGAACGUGGUUGUGACAACAAAAGAAACACAUGCUGCAGGUUCUAGCACUGAACAAGUAGCUCUAGUUGGCCCACGGGAUGAAAACAUUCUCACCUUAUCUACUACUCCAGUGGCCACCAGCCUGAACCUACCCUCUCUAGGGGAUCUAGCUGUGAAAACCAGUGAAACACACAUUACAGGCUCGAGUGCUGCACAAAUAGCUCCAAGCCAAGGCAAUGUCAUCAUCUUACCUACUGCUGCGGUGGCCACAGCCUUAAUAUGUCCUGCACCAACCACUAAGGUAGCGCCCCAAACACCUUCAGUCCUCACCCCAUUGGCUAAAGAUUGCAUGAGUCAACGCUGUGGCACCUUACUCAAGCUAAGCACAGGACCAAGAAUCCCUCUAGGCCCAAAUCCUCCAAAGUCUGUAUCUCAAAAUACUCUGCAUCAGUUUCUUAUACUCCCUCCAGGCUGUAUUAUUACAAACAGUGCAAGUCACAACACUAUUCUGAACCCUGAGCCAGUUACAGCUCACAACCAGAAACCCUGUGUAGCUCAGGAGAUGACAGAGAUGGAAGAUGUUCCUCAGAGUGUUUUAGGGUACGUUUCCAGGGGACAUAAUGCUGUUCCGCUGGAGGUGUCCUCAAAUAAAGGUCCAGAAGCCAGCAUUAAAGACAGUGCAUUAUUGACAACAGUGGAGGAAGAGGAGUUGGAUGUCUAUGAGGUGAUUGCUAAUGAGGAGGAACAGGAGGAGUGUGGAGAGGAAGGUUUUAGAAAACCAUUCCUCACCUUGUCAGAAUCUUCAGGAAGCCCCACACCUAGUUUGUAUGGGGGCGAUGUUGCCAUGGAGACAGUGAUGGAUGAGGAUGAAAGGGACCAGAGGCAGCCUGGGUUUAGUGAAGGAGGAAGGGGUAGAGAAGACAUGGAGGGAGGAAUAGAAGAGAAGUGUUUGGGGACAGUAGUGGAAGUGACGUCACCUGGUUCUGAGACAUCUGUGUUGUCUGUGCCAGAGCUUCAGGAGACAAUGGAGAAGUUAUCAAGGCUGGCAUCAAAACCGGGCUCUGACGAUAAAGGAUUUGCAGAUGAAGUCCAGUCAGGUGCUCAUGCCUCAGUGCGAGGGUUUCUCCAUGAUGACGUAUCUGACAGUGAUCCUCGGCGAGAUACUAAAGAUGUUGCCUUUGCUCAGGCUUAUCUGGAGAAGGCAUGUGAGGUGCUGCGGGCAGUGCCGGGGAAGGUAGAGGAGUUCCUGGGUGUUUUGUAUGAGUUUGAGCAGGACCCUGAAGGCAGAACGUCAGUGGAGCUCUUUAUGAGGCUGAAGCCUGUGCUAAGAGACUGGCCUGAGCUCCUCAGAGACUUCGCUGCUUUCCUGCACCCUGAACAAGCUCAGGCGUGUGGCCUGCUGACAGAGCAGCAGGCGUUUGAGAGAAGCAGGCAAUUCCUGAGGCAGCUGGAACUCACUUUUGGAGAGCACUCUGUCCACUACAGGAGGGUUGUGCGCACACUGCAACAGGGCCCCUCUAAAACCCUAACUGGCUCACAAGAGAUGAAAGCGCAAAUAGCUAUGCUGUUCCGUGACCACACCCACCUGCUGGAGGAGUACUGGGCGUUUUUUGAGCAGCUUCACCCACCUGCACAGUUUCAGACUGAUGAUGGAGAGGAGCAAGAGGAGGAAGUGGAGUGGGACGACACUGACAGUGUUUCUAGUGUUCAGACAGUGCUCAGCGUGGAGGGAAGCCAGAAGUGUCAGCCUAUUAGAGCCCAUUCUCCUGAGGAGAGAACAGAAGCUCACAGAAGUCGUAUUGACUACAAGGGGGUAAAUGUAAUAAGCCAGGAUGCAGAAGCCAUGUGCCAUGGCAUUGGUGCAGAACUGGAGGAUGAAUGGACCAAGGAGAGAGAUACGCAGCUCUGCCGCCAAGCUUCAGGAAGUCCUGUCUGUGCCAAGAACUGUUCACGUAUGCCAAGUGGGGAAAAGGUUGUGCUCUGGACAAGGGAGGCAGACCGUGUGAUACUCACCACCUGUCAGCAGAGAGGAGCCAGUCAAAGCACUUUCAGCUCUAUUGCUACUCAGCUUGGUAAUAAAACAGCCAAUGAGGUUGGUGCACGCUAUCGGGACCUCAUAAAACUGUUCCACAAAUCCACAAAGCAGCAUCACUCCAGCCGGUUAGAUAGAGAGCUCCAGUGCAGCCCCAAAGAAGUGGAGCCGGACUGAGGGAAAUCCACACUAAAGCCUAGUGCAUGUCUACCCAGCACCCCCCACCCCCCACAGUCUAAUAAUGGAAUAAUUAGACUGUGGACUGACACACCAAGUCUUUAUGGUGAAGAACGUUAUUACCAUCCCCAAACGUGAGCGUAGCAACAAUAUGAGCUUAUGGGAAUUGCCAGUGAAUGCCAAGUUUAAAAAAUCUUUAAUCAGCCUUGUUUAUAUUUUUGUUAUCUACCGAACUGUCAUCAUGGUUACUUAAAAAAUGUGGGCAGGUCAGGCUAGAAAGUGGACACAGCAAAAUGCUAUGAAUAGGAUACCUGACCUGUAUCAGUGUUAAGUGGUAAACUCCUUUGAUUUUUCACAAUUGCUGAAUAAUUCAGUGGUUAAUUUAGGGGUUGAGAUGUAAACAAAGUCAUUCCAGGUGUUUUGAUGUAGAGAAGUUCGCAAAAUCAGAUUUCUUUACAGUGGUGGUGAUGGGAACCAGGGGUCACAAUGCCUACAGCACAAAUAUAACCGUUUGUAUUUGCUAUAAAUGAUCAGUCAUCCUCUUCGGAGAUAAAAUAGUGGAAAAUCUGAAAAGAAAAGUUUUCUUUUAGGAUUGUUUUUUUUCCCUCACGUCUUGCCUGUGCCUCUCUGCCCUGAAUGUAGUUAAAAGUUCCAAACUCUCAUCUCCAGUCUAUUACGGAAAAAUCUCCGGCAUCAGACACCGUAUUUUUAACAGGUUUCCUGUAAUAACUUUCUGUGAGGCAGCAUUAGAGGCAGUAAUCUCUUCAGACGUCUGGUUCCCAACAUCACCACUGUGAAAAGUUCUGAGUCAGUAAAUUUAGGAACAGAGGAUUUUACAUCAAACUACUCUAAAUGGUUUUUACAUCUUAACCAAUUAGUUAUGCAGAACUUCUAUAAAUCGGUUAAGUUCCCCUUCAAUAUUGAUGUCUUGGUCAUAGAAAGUAUUUUCUUCUGUCCAUUUUCCAGCCUAACCCUGUGUUUUUAAAAUCUCUUGAGUUCCCCUUUUAAUCACAGGAAGAUAUGAAAUGAAGAUCAAGUGCAUUAGGAUGGUUUUAUGAGGCCAAAGAAUCACUACCAAAGCUUAUAGACAUAAAGUCCACCUAACGUUUGGAUUGAUGGUGUUUGCUGGGUUGAUGUGCUCCAGGCUCACGCAGUGCGUUCAGGCUGGACCUUGACAGAAACACCGUCAUCACUGUGAACGUUUCCCAAGAAAUACUUGAACAAAAGGACUAUUUGGAGUGAGGGAUGUUGUCUGCCUGUUAGUUUGCAUGUGUUUUUCUGCUACUGGUCGACUGAAGUUGGUGCGUUUGGACUUUGAUCAUGAAUUCACUGAAUCUGAAGCAAAAAGCCAUAAAGGGCAGAAGAGGAAGAGGUGCCUUAUUUAUUUUAUAGUGCUUUUAGUGUCGUGAGGAGAGCACGUCUCACAGAAACACUGAAGCCAUGCUUUUUUGGACUUGGAGGAUGGUGUUACAUUACUGCUGAUUACUGACUAAUUAUGUUUAAUAUUAACAAACAUAAACACUAAAGUUUAUUACAAAAUACAUGAAGUUGUUGUAUUUUGUCGGAAAUCACUGUUCAUUUGAUGGUCAUGUAAAUACCCAUUUGAAAGGAAAUCUGACAAAUAAAAUGACAAAUAUUUUCAGAAGAA